AUGAUCGACGGUAGUGGUGAUAGCGAAUAUUCAUCAGCGAGUGAAACAUUAAAUGAUGAUAAUUAUGUAUCAGAAACAACAGAAAAAAUUCGACAUACAUUAUCACUUAAUAAAGAAAAAGUAGCACCACUUGCUACGAAGUGGACUUUUUGGCUCGAUUCGCAAAAAUCAAAAUUUACAACAAAAGAAGACUAUGAAGCUGGUCUUCAAAUAAUAUUUGCUGUUGAAACUGUUCAAGAAUUUUGGAGUGUUUUUAAUAAUAUACCGGCACCAAGUCGAUUAUCAAAUCGAGUUAGUUAUCAUUUGAUGCGUCAAAAUCGAAAACCACUUUGGGAAGAUAGAGAAAAUGAAAAUGGCGGUAUUUAUACAUAUCGUUGUCCGAAAGAUAAAACAAAUGCUGUCUGGCAAGAAUUAUGUUUAGCUGCAAUAGGUGAACAAUUUUCGGUAAUUGAAGGUGAUGAUGUUGUUGGUGUAAGUGUACAAUCACGUGAUGGAUUACAAGAUCUUGUACAAAUAUGGAAUUCAAAUCCGAGUGAACAAGCACAAAAUUCAAUUGAUGAAAAAUUUCGUAGUCUUUUUCCUGAGAUAAAUUUUACGAUUAAAUUUUAUAAAGCUAAUUCAUCACAUGCUAAUUUUGAAGCUGGUAAUCAACAAAGAUCAAAAUAUUCAUCAUAA